CUCACUUCAACCAGGGCCCGACUCGUGCUGCCGCCGCAUCACCUCGGUCAGCUGCGCGUCUUUAAAAACCCCUCGGGUUUCCACCUUUGGGCAGCUAGCUAGCGGCGGCCUCACCUCGCGACUGGCCGGCCACCCCGCGCGGCGCGACACCUCUUUGCGAUGGCCAAGCCCCGGAGGAGCGCCGCCGCCACCGACGGGGAUCCCAGCGCCGCUGCGGGCCUCCGCGGGGAGCCGGCGCCGAAGCGGGCGCGGAGGAAGAGCGGGCCGCGGGAGAGCCCCUCGCAGCGCAGCUCCGCGUACCGCGGCGUCACACGGCACCGGUGGACGGGGCGGUUCGAGGCGCACCUCUGGGACAAGGACGCCCGCGGCGGGUCGCGGGGCAAGAAGGGCAAGCAAGUUUAUCUCGGCGCGUACGACGACGAGGACGCGGCGGCGCGCGCGCACGACCUGGCGGCGCUCAAGUACUGGGGCCCCGGCACCGUCCUCAACUUCCCGCUGCACGGCUACGACGAGGAGCUCAGGGAGAUGGAUGGGCAGCCGCGGGAGGAGUACAUCGGGUCGCUGCGCCGCCGGAGCAGCGGGUUCUCCAGAGGGGUCUCCAAGUACAGAGGCGUCGCGAGGCAUCACCACAACGGGAGGUGGGAGGCGAGGAUCGGGCGCGUGCUGGGCAACAAGUACCUGUACCUGGGCACGUACGCAACGCAAGAGGAGGCGGCGGUGGCGUACGACAUCGCGGCGAUCGAGCACCGGGGGCUCAACGCCGUCACCAACUUCGACAUCGGCCACUACGUCAGCCACUGGCAGCGGCACCGCCAUGGCGCCGUCGACGGCGGCCUCGGCGCGACGGACGCCGCCCCGCUCAUCCCGUUCCAGCUCCCACUCCCGGACGACGACUCGCCCGAGCGCCCCGCCGCCGUCGGACUCGACGAAACAACGGGCGCCGCGGACUUCCACGAUGGCGACGGCCACCCGCAGCGCCAAACCGCCGCGUGUCCCUUUCUCGGCGACGGCGCGCAGCCUGCUGACCAGGCGGGACCGCCGGCUCGUCACGCCGCACCCACGCCGUCGGCGCUCGACCUGCUGCUGCAGUCGUCCAAGUUCAAGGAGAUGAUGGAGCAGGUUUCAGCCGCGGCGGCGUCGGCAUCGUCGUCGUCGUCGUCUUCGCCUUCGCCACAGCCGCCGUUGUCGCCGCAGCGGCAGCCUGAGAUCAUCGGCGGCACGCCGGCUCCGUGCGGCUUCCCGGAUGACGUGCAGACGUUCUUCGACUUGGAGAACGAGGACGCCAUGGGCUUCACCUUCGCAGAGGUUGACACGUUCCUAUUCGGGGACCUCGGCGAGUACGCGGCGCCCAUGUUCCAGUACUGCGACCUGGACGUCUGGUCUGCAUUGGACGGCUAGCGUUAAUACACCUUUUUUUUCUUUUAUAAAGAUUCUUAUAUAGGAUGAGAAAGGGUUACCAAGAGAUCAAGGGUAGAGAAUUAGUUCUUUCUAGUAAUUCUCAAAAUUUUGUUCCAAAUAUCUCGAGGCGUUCAAAAAUUCACAUAAAGAAACUAUAAAUGAUUGACAUUAAUAUGUCA